UUUUGUAAUUAACUUAAUUAUCUGAUUCUUUUCUGAAUUAGUUAAACCUGAUUUCUUUGAAUUUUGCUAAUUGGUGUUUCUCUUUAAAUCGUUUCAUUUGUUUCGAUUAACAUUCAAUGUGUUGGAAUCACUUUUUCCCUUUGCUGUCAAAUGUUGUCUGUAAAUUGGACUGUUGAUAUUAAUUAAUUGAUUGAUUUCUUAUAUUGAAUUUAUCAAAAUUAACAAUUUAGACUGUUUAACAAAUAGAUUGUCAAUAUUCAUCAACUUAAUUAGACAAUUACAACAGCUACUGGUUUCCUAUUUCUACUUAUAUGGUUUUCCUUCAUUUCAAUUUUCUGGUUAUUGAGAAUCUACAAUUUAAAAGAUUUUCAUGGAAUCGAUAACUUUUAAAGAUGUUGAUUCAAAUGUUCCAAUUGAUUUAAAUGUUAUACUUGCUGAUCAAUAUGAGACUCGAGAUAUUCACAAGGUAAAAGUGUUUGUGGCCAUUUUGAAAGACAAGAAAUCAAUAUCACCAGCUAUUCGCAGUUUAGCUAAAUUGUUUCCAAUCCCGAAAGAUUUGAUUCACUUGAAGCGAGUUAGAAACAAUCAACAGUCGGAUACCAAUGAGAUAAUCAUAUGUAAAGAAUGCGAGACUUCAGUUGAUCAAAUUGAAAGAAAAUUAGCAAAUUCGAUUGAUUAUACUGAUUUAAAGAUCGUUUCGGUACCAAAUGGGCCACCUUUUAAUCGUUGGCAGUUUGAAAAAGCAUCGAAACUAUGGCCGGUCAAUUUUUUCGAGAAUAAAGAAAUUACUCAGAGACUUGAUGGAACUUGUAUCAGUUUAAAUGAUCGAUGGACUAUCGAUUCAAUUAUGAGAGAUCUUGUGAAAAGAUCAAUGGAAAAUAAUUAUCGAGAUUUUGGUGCAAUCGUUGAUUCGAAUUUUAAUGUUCUGGUCAUUUGUGGUGAUCACAUUGAUCGACAUCCACUAAGACAUUGUCCAAUGAAUUUAAUUGAUUUAAUAUCAUCUCUCCAAGGUGGUGGAUCUUGGUAUAAGAAGGACAAUCAAGAAAAUCAAUCAAUUGAUGGACCGUUAUCCUUAAUUAUGACGACCGAUCAUGAUCCUGAUGCGUAUCUUUGUACAGGGUAUGAUGUUUAUCUAACUCGAGAACCUUGUAUAAUGUGUUCCAUGGGACUUUUACAUUCGAGGAUAAAACGAAUAUUUUUCUUGGAGGAACAAAUUAAAUCAACAACUAGAUUAAAAGAUGGAUGUCCUAAUGAUUUAGCUCUAUCACGAAUGAAGCUUCACACUAAUCCAGAUAUUAAUCAUAGAUUUGAUGUUUGGAGAGUGAAAUUAAAAAAUGAUUGUUGAAAUCGCGAAAAAAAAUUAAUUUGCUAUUUACUAAUUACCACUCACCACCAUAUCCUCAUCGUAAAAAUCAACAUGAUCUUGUUUUUUUCGUAUCUUUAAAGAUGAAAAUUUAAUUUCUUGUUAAUUUGUAA